AAGUCACUGCUGUCGCCUCCAUGAGCGAUGCCAUUGUCCGUGUACGACGCCGAUGAGGAGGCUGUUUCGCCAUCCUCGGCUUACCGGACCAACACCGUGACUCAUAGCGAUUCUCAGCGAUACUUGAGCACUCGAGGUGAAGACAUUGGUUUCCGCUUCCAAGACACCGUCUUGAACUCUCUGUCCUCGGACGGUGGUUUCUACCUCCCCGAGGGCACGCCCAAGCUCUCCCUGUCAGACCUUACGAAAUGGAAGGAUCUCUCGUUUCGCGAUGUCGCCCUGGCAAUCUUUUCAAUCUUUAUUUCUCCGGUUGAGAUACCCGCCGAGCACCUCGGCCAGAUCGUCGACGCCAGCUUGGCGGGUCUUCCGAAUGCGUCGUUUGCGCCCGUGACCAGAGUUGACCAACAUCAUGGGCUAUACCUGGCGGAGCUUUACCACGGCCCGGGAGGUCUUCAUGACGGAUUCGGACUGAAGGCCUUGGGUGUGUUCUUGGAUUAUUUUCUCGAAAAGGAAAACAUGAGCCUAGCAGGCCAAGAAAAACAUCAUGUUACUGUCAUUGAUGGGCUGGCUGGAGACGUUGGCUUUGCGGCUGGACAGGCGUUUCGGGGAAGACGAAACGUCUCGUUUGUGUCGCUUCAGCCGUCAACUGAGACGCCGUCUACGGGUACCUCUGAAAGCCCAGAUAUUUCGGGGACCAAUGUGCAUGUCAUUGGCAUGAAGAGUGCCUCAAGUCAAGAUACCAAGAUCUUUUUCCUGACAUCAUAUACACCUGAACAGCAAAUUGCUAGGCAGUUGGCUCGAGAGAGCAAAACAGGUUCCGUGCAAGAUCUUGAAACGCUGCUGUGCGGAAGCUGGCCUCGGACGCUCGCGGGAAUAGCGUCAUACUUUUAUGUUUAUUUUCAAAUAGCAAGAAAGGUACCUUCGUUAAAGUUUGGGAGGGACAAGGUCAGUUUCGGCAUACCUACGACCGACUGGGACAUAAUAGCAGCAUUCGUUGCCCGAAGGAUGGGCUUGCCUGUGGAAAGAAUUAUAGUUGCAACUUCGCAACCCGACGGUCCUCUGGACAGGCUCUGGGCGACUGGGCGGUACGAGUCGGAGUCGCAAGCCGGCAACAACAACAGCGCACCGGCGAUGAUGACGACGACAGCGACUUGGAAAAGCGAACAUCUAGAGAACAACGACGAGGCCUCCUUGUCCCUGGGUCAGCACGCCGUCCAGACGGAGCCCGAGUUCCUCGUAAGUGGCCACGUCGAGCGGCUGUUCUGGUUCCUCGCGUACGACUUUGUCACCAUGGCCGGGCACGACAUCAUGGACGCCGAGUGGGACCGGCGGCAGGCCGGCGGGGAGAUACAGACGUGGCUGCGCAAGCUGCGCUCCAAGGGCGGCUUCGGCCCCGUCUAUCAGGACGUACUAGAGAGCGGCCGGCGCUGCUUCGGAUGCGAGCGCACUGGCCGCCCGCAGGUCCAAGGCACCGUCGCCGAGGUGUACCAGGGCUGCGGCGGGUUGGUCGUCGACCUCGGGGCCGCGGCGGCCAUCAAGGCGUCUAUAAAAUCCAUCAAGACCGAGAAGAUGGCCGGGUCCCGUUCCCAGGCCACGGUCCACGUCGUUCUGGGGCUGGGGGAUCCGGCCCUCAAAGUCGAGGAUCUCGAGGAGGCUCUGGGCGGUCUCGCUAGGACGCAAGGCGUCUCGACGUGUUUGCAAAAGGUGCUGAACAGGAGUCGGGAGCUGGACGAGAUGCGGGCCGCGGGGCGGAUAGACAUGCAUAUCAUGGCUGAAAGCAUGGAUGAGGUGAAGGCGGCGGUUGAGACGAUCACUUGGGCGGCUGUCGAACGGACUGAGUAA